CCUCACUCUGGGCUGAAAAUGGCGGCUCCCAGUGUCUCAAAAUUAGAAACACCAGAAAAUACAGCCACUCCUAGUCCACAGCUGGGUCGAUCGGCAAUCAAUGAAAUUCACACAUCAGAGCAAAGCGGUGUCCCUCUAAAUACACCUUGGACAUUUUAUCUGGACAAAUCGACACCAGGGACAUCAGCAGCAGAAUAUGCAGCCUGUUUGAGGAAGCUGUACACAGUUAGCACUGUUCAGGGUUUCUGGAGUGUAUACAACAACAUCCCAACUGUUAACAAGCUUGGUUCCCGGUACAGUUACCACCUGAUGAGACACGAGCGGAGACCAGUGUGGGAGGACCCAUAUAACUGUAAUGGGGGAAACUGGAGGAUGAAAUGCCAUAAAUGGGACACGCAAAAAGUUUGGCAGGAAUUGCUGCUGGCAGCUAUUGGAGAACAUCUAUCAGACUUUCUUGCUGAAGGAGACGAGAUUAGUGGAAUCAGUGUCAGUAUGCGUGAGAGGGAUGAUAUCGUUACAAUUUGGAACACAAAGUCGCAGCUCUCAGAAAAGUCUGAUAUACUGGUGAAGGUGAAAGAGCUGGUUCCUGACGUUAACUUUACAGCAGCCUUUUACAAAGCAUUUCAAACUCACCAGGCGUUUGAAGGACACAGCAAAUAAUCUUAGGAAUCGACGCAUUGUGAUAUUUUAUUGUUAAAACAUGUACAAAUGUUGUUACACUACACAAUUCUACUGCAGUUUGUAACUGCUUCUCACUAUUCCAAAGAGAUUUUGUAACCUGUGAUUGAUGCCCAAUAGAGGGGAUUGUAAGUGCUUAUAACUUCCAUGUGUGUCUGAAAACUGAGGCAGCAUAAUUUUGCAUUAUAAAUGUAGAUGUUUGCAUUUUUGCUUUCGGCUUAUUUUAUGUGGUUAUGAAUUUAGAAGGACUGAAUUUAUUGUUGAAGGCCCUCUUUGAAAAGUUUUAAGUUCCCGACCUGAAAGGUUUCUUUGAAAUAAUGAAAUUAAAUAAUCUACAGUAAAAGCAUGCCACUGGUGCAUUAUAAUUUUCUGAGCCGUUUUCCUUCACUAAAUUGUUGAUCGUGAAUAUUAUGCCUCUAAUUGUAAUGGAUUAAAAUUAAAAGAAGGUUACUGCUGCAUUUUGACAAUAAUUUGAUGGUUUAAAUACUAACAUUACAUGGCUUAACCCAGAUGAUUGUCCUUUUACCAGAAAGAAAAUGUUUAUUUAAUUGAUAUAGUCGAAUGAAAUGAAUUUUUAUUUAAAGUGAUACUCUUAUUUAAAAUCAAUACAAACACAUGUAUAACAAACAUAAAUUUUGAGUGAUAAACCUUUAACUAAUGCAUUUAUGGAAAAUAUUAAUUGAUGAUAACAACAGUGUAACUGUGUAUAGCUGAAAACUCACAAAUAAAAGAUAUACAAUGAUCAACUAUUGUCUCAAAAGGCAGAAAUACAUGCACCUUUCUUUCAAAUGAAACACUUUAAUCUUUAUAAAAAUCUGUUUUCGAUAUUUAUAUAUCCUUUUCGAUAAAUUAAGACAAUUCUUUGGAUAAAAAGUGCAUCUUUAAAGAUAAAUUUUCUUUAAAUUAUCAGCAAUUGUUUUUUGUCCGCUCUACAUUGUUGCAUUGAUGUUAAAUUAUGUUAUAUCUUUUAUUUAGAAUUGUUUGUCCUGUCACCAUUUUCAAGUUUGAAUAUGUCCGCAUUGGAACAUUUAAUGGUUGUAUUUUUAAUAGAUUCUUGUUAUCGCUGCCGAAGUUAAAGUCUGCACUUUUCUGUGUAUUUGAUAGACUAACAAUAGGCUUUUAUUUUGGACAUAUUUUUAAAUUCUUGAAAAAGAUAUAGAGUGGUUUCUGUGCAUGUCAGUGUCGUUAUUGUAAUGAGAGUUGUAUAGUUAAAUCACGUAUAGAUCUAGAUAAAUCACGAAUGAAAUAAAAGUCAAAAGUACAAUUUUUAUUUAUGACAAAUGUUUAUGUUAUCACAUAACUUUGCUAGUUUUGAGUGUUAUACAACUAUAUCAUAUUUUAUGAUAUUACACUAGUGUAAUUAAACUUGUCGUAUUCAAAGCUUUUACCUGAAAGUACAACAAAAAUUCAUUUCUGAAGACAAAUGUGUCUUGUGAUAAAAAGAAUCUUUAUGAGUUUCCAUCUAAAACUUAAUUUUAUGAAACAUGAUUUGAAAAAGUUUAAAACCAUGCAAAAGGUUUGAUGAGUUUUAUAAAUGUUUGUAUGGUAACUCGCAUAAGAUCCAAUAUUAUAUGUAUAUAUAUCUAACAAAUUGAAAUCAACUCUUUCAAUUGAAUGUUGUUUGAAGUUGCCAACUAUUUCCCAAAAUGAUAUAAUGUAUUUGUUAGAAGAUAUUUAGAUGCAAGUCUCUAAAGAAAUCCAGCUAGAUGAUAUUGCUCAUAUUGUGAUGUAUAAAAUAUAUUAACUUUGUAGUGAUCAAUCAUAAGGGUGUGUUGAAUGCAGCCUUGUUUCUUACUCUGUGUGCAAUGUUCAUUCUCUAUAAAGUAGCAUUGCUAAUGUUAUAUGUAGGUAUUUGAUACAAUUGGGUAACUUUUCUUUUUUUUCUUGCCAUACUUUUUCUAUUAAUUGAAUACGAGCCAUAUUGCACGCUUUAAAUGUAAGAUAAAAAGAGUUUAUAUUAGGUAAAUGUUGCUUUAAAAGGUACAAAUUCACAAAUUUCAUUAUUUUUUUAUUAAAGUUGCUGUUGUAUUAAGUAAUAUGGCAGACAAAGCUGUAUUACAGGGGACAUGUUUGGAAGGGCAAAGGACAUAAAUUGACUUUAAAUAAAGAUCUUAGUCGAUUUUAAUUGUAUAUUUGAAAAUAUGAAUUUUGAGAGAGGAUUUAUUAUUCAGUGAUUGUAAAUGUCAGGAUUAACAGUGAACUCAGUAUUGAGAGUUUUUAACUUAAAACUAGUAUUUUGCUCGGACAUUUGCAACAACAGUAUAAAAUAUCUUGAAAUAAAUAUAAAUGACUUUAGAAACAUCUUAAAAGGUGUUCUAAGGCCCUUUAGCCUGCUCUUAUCAUUUAGCCCACAAACAGACCCCUGGCUAUUUUUCAGGAUUUUCAAUUAUCAGCUACUAGAAACACGGAGUGGUCACAUCAUUAAUUGAAUCAGGACUAGGUGUAUUUAUAUUAUUUGAUGUCGGGUGAAAGUGUAUUUUAGUUAUCCAAACCUUGGGAAAAUUUUAGUAUGUUUGUUGGGUGAAUGGGAUACAAAUAGACAUUUGUAAGUAAACGUGCUAUGGUGGGAUAAUUUCUUGUAAGCAUGCCCUAUGUGCUGUAAUAUGUAAGCUCUUUUAUACGAAGCUUCUUUAUUCUUGCUUUGAUUAAAUGAAAACACUAGUAUCAUAAGGACUUAAUGAAACUAGUAUUUGUAAUAUUAUGUAAAUAUCUUUUUAUUUCUAGUCUUGUAUAUUUAGUAUUUAAUAUAUAACAUGAUGAAAUCAAUUUGAAAUACCAGUAUUAUUUGGUGUAUGAAUAUAAGCUUGCAUUUGAAGCUUAAUAGAACAUAUUUAUACUAAUCUAGCCAAAUUUUACCAGUAGAACAUCAUUUCUUAUGGUUUCUUUGAAGGCAGAAGCUGGUCUUCAUAAGGGCAGGAGGAAGCAGCAGCCCCCAUCUUCUAAAUCUUCUAUUACUCUUAAGCUAAAACCCUGGCAAUGUUGGUAAUACUCGUUACAGAAGAUUGUGCUAUUCUUACAAAGCUAAAAACAAAUUUAUUCAUUGAAAUAUGUUUACUAUUAUUAACAAUUUUUUUUUUAUAUAUUUAUGUAACAGUUUGUCACAAAUUGGGCUUUUUACCACAGUACAAUUGAUAUGAUUCUGUGGAUUAUAAGGGUUAUAAUGUUAUGUAAUAUGUAGAUAUGUUUACUUGCUUGUUUGUGUUUAACUGUACUGUUUGUUUCAGCUAUGAAGUGUGUUUAUUUGUUGUGUGGUUAUCUUAUACAUUUCAUGUGCUAUUUUGUACGGUCCUAUUGUAGUGAAAUAGAUGUAGCACCUGUUAUCCACCAUCUCGUUAGUGUAUUACAAGUGGGGAUUAUACAAAGAUUGUGUAUUGUCAAAAAUCGAUUGUUUACGAUAGAGUUUGCCAACAAUCAAUUGUAUAAUGAUGUAAUUGCUUAUCACUUUGUGGCUGUAAUACUCUAGAAACAGAAACAUAUUGUAGAUCAACUGUAUAAAUCAUUUUGUUUUCAACUUUUAAAAAAAUGAAGCUUAUUAUUGAUAAAAGUACUUCAAAAUAACAGAUGUACAACAUAUUUCCUUUAAAUGUUAAUUCAUUAUUAAGAACACUUCAAACCACUUUAGUUAAAACAUAUUAUUGGACUUCGAUUUUGAGAACAUGAUCCAAAAUUGAUGCAAACAGCUUGACCGAUUAUUUCUGAUGAUUAUUUACUAGCAUGCUUUUACACCCUACUUGCAAGGUUGGUAUGAUGCUUUUUAUAAUGCAUUAAUUGCCAUUGUACAUUUUUUCACAUUCAUUGUACAUGUGUAGUCAUCAGAAGAUUUUAAGAAGUGUUCAAAAAGAGAUAUAUGAUGUUAAUAUAUUACACUAUCAUUGAUUAUGAAAAAACGUAUGUCAAAUUUAAUUGAUAAUAAUUGAUUAUGAUAAUGCCUGAUUCAAUUCAUUCCAUGGGUUCAAAGAGUCUCUGUGUGUGAUUUUGUAGGCUAGGUUUGUUAAAAGUGUUUGUAAUCAAGAAUAUAAUCAUCAUGAUGCAGUUUAUGUAUCCUAUUAUGAAUGUAUAAUGCUAUUUCUUAUAGAAAUGCAUAUCUUGUGGGGGAAUCUUGGGGGAAUCUUGUGGGAAUGUAUGUUAUUGAAGAUUGGAAUCUCAAACUCUGCUUAAGAGAAGAAUUCCUCAAAUUUGUAUGUUCAAAUUUCAACCGGACUUUUCAAAAAAAAUACAUUCAAAGAUUUUUUAUUGGCUUGUUUUAAAAUAUCAUUAGUUCAUAUCUGGUUGGUAAGACAAUGAAAAGAUGCCUAUCAAAUUACAUUCUGUAUGAGUUUCAGCCUUUUGACAAUUAUGUUGUAAUCUAGUUCAAAUACAUAUUCAAGAUAUGUAAGGUAAGAUAUUAGAAAAAAAAACAUUAUGGAAAACAUUUAAACCUGCUUUUGUAUGGUCACAAUUUUUUCAGAAAAAAAUGCUUUAGUUUAUUGGAUUUGUUAUGACAUGUUCUUUGAACUUUUUCUUAAACACAUGUUUAAGGUCCCAUUUAAUUAAUAAUUUGUUUGGCCGCUCAGAACUUCCCGUGGCUUGACUUUGACCUACGGUGGAAAAAUAUAAAAUAAAACCUAUCAAAAUAAUCUAUUUUUAUAGAUUAAAAAGACACAUGCACAAAAAAAACCUACCUACCAACCCACCCCUCAAAAUGUUGGUAGGGCAAGGCUUGACAAACUAUGUAUUAAUCAUGGUCUUACCCAAUGUUAAGCAAGACCGUUCUGACAAUCUUACCAUGCAUUGUUCAAAGGUUGGAAAGAUCAGUUCAGUUGCACAUUCACAUGUGUACUGUUCAAAAUUCUCUAUUGUUGAUAUGUAUAUAUUCUGUAUUCCUGCUAUUUUUGUACGUUGGUGAAAAAUAUCAUGUUGAUUGUAUGUGGUAAAUGUAUGUGCAAUGAUAAUAAGCGACCAUAGAAUUUUAUUGUAAGCAAAUUAACUGAAGCCAUUGUUUUUGAUAUUUAAAGAUAAACAUUAACACUUCAGAUGUGUUCAUAUUGAACACUUGUCAACAACGUUAGAGACCUGUCUAACGUGCCUAUCAACAAGGUCUGUGUUAUGUUUUCAAUACUGGGCUAGUCCCUUUUCAUAACAACAAUAUAACUUAUGUUCGUCUGUGACUCCAGCUCACUCACACAAUGAAGUACGAAAAUUAACAUGCAUAUAUUUAAUACAUAUACUAAUACUGUGUUGAUUUUGAUAUACAAGUUUAGGUUAUAUGUAAACUAAUUAAAUUAUUGUAGCCUCUGUUUACAAAAUGUAUUCUGAUAAACAUGAAUGACUGGAACCAGUGAAGUGGAGUCCAAACGGACCAAGUUGUGGAAGGCUGUUUGUCCCUUACCUGGUCGAGGUCGUCCUUUGACAUGGGUCCAUUCUGGCCAGUCUGUUUUGAGGAUGACCCACAAUGUCUACGCUAAAAGGGAGCUUUUAUGUACACAGCAUAUGUAUCACCCUAAACAUGUGAGCAUGGUUGUUUAAAAGACAUUUCCUAUGUGUGUAUGUUUUGGAAAUUAUCAAGUUGUUAAUUAUCAUACAUGUAUAUGCAUAGCUGACAAAACCGUGCCGAACAAUUGUUAGUAAAGUUGUAUGCUGUC